AUCUGUCGCACGGUAUCUACCCACAUUUGCCAAUCGGUACCUGAUAUGAAACAUCGUUAGGGUGUAACCGUCAAAUACGAACAGGUCUUAUUGUGCUUCAACGCUUCACAGCAGAUAGAAUCAAUUAAUACAUCUAAACCGAAAAUAGUUUGUGCCACAGAGAACAUUAAGUGACAAAAGUGUUUAAAAAGUUUAUUUGUAAAGUUGAAGUGAAGUUGGUUAGAAAGAUGCAUCUCAUAAAGAACAAAGCAGUGUACUUCACGCUCAUGCUCGUUGUCUUGAGCAUGUGUUUGGAUGAAACGGAGGCACGCCGCAAGAUUCUUCGUGGACGCCGUACCAUCAAUCGAACAUUCAAACGUGGACCGAUGAUUCCAGCGUGGGCCAUCAUUACGAUAGUCGCCAUUGUGAAUCUACUCAUCGGCGGUAUAGCCUAUCUUAUAUUCCGAAAGGUCGUACUCAAUGCACCGAUUGAGAACGUUACCUCGUACACACCGGCCAUGCAGGAUGAGUACAGUUCCUGAGCGAUGAAUUUCCCGCAAUGUAACGACUCUUUCCAUUUACCAUCCCCACUACACCAUGGCGCCAGUUUGUGUGUUUAAAUGGCAACUACAAUAUUGAAUCCUUCCGGUAGAUUGUAAGCGUACCCAAUCGUCAUUAACCUGUGUAACCAGGAUCAGCAAAUCAAUAAACAUCCAGAUCAAUUUCACUACCACGUA